UCCAAAAAUAGUCCAAAAUAGUGACAGUUUUCAAAAAUUAUUAAAAAAACAUAAAGCAAAAAAAAAAAAAAGAAUUCCGGAAAUCACAUGCCCGGAAUAGGAAGUUGACUGACCAUGUUCUAUGGGGAGUUGUUCGAUGCCUUCGGUGAUAUAUUAAUCGGAUGCUGCAAGAAGUAUGCCGUGUGCUGGAUCAUUCUGGUGGUGGCAGCUGUGGGAGUGACCCUAGGAUUAGUCUUCGGCCUCCGUGGCAAGAAUGAGGAGCCGCGUCGCAUGGGCGCCGUGGCCUCCAAUGGAGUUAGCUGCGCAGAGGUUGGUGGCACCAUGCUGGACAUCGGGGGAUCAGCGGCGGACGCAGCCAUUGCCACGAUGCUCUGCGAGGGUGUGAUGCUGCCGCACAGCCUGGGCGUGGGCGGUGGCUUUGUGGCCACCAUUUACUCCAAGGAGACGGGCUUCGUCGAGACGUUGAUUGCCAGGGAAACAGCUCCGGCGGCAGCCACACGGGACAUGUUUGUUGAUAGGAACAUCACCGGAGCUCUGUCGUGCGCCGUUCCCGGCGAGAUCUACGGAUAUUGGAAGUUGCACGACAAGUACGGCCGCCUGCCCUGGCGGAAGCUCUUCCAGCCAACCAUCGACCUCUGCCGGAACGGCAUUCUGGUCUCCAAGUACCUGGCCGGUGUCCUUGAACGGGAGGAGGAGCGCAUCCGCAGUGAGCCCUCCAUGGCGGAGAUCUUCAUCAACCCCAAGACGGAUAAUGUCUACAAGAUUGGGGAGAUCAUGUACCGUCCUAUGCUUGCGGAGACCCUGGAAAUGGUGGCCAACGAAGGAGCUGAGGUCAUCUACCGAGGUGGCCGGGUGGGGCGGAAGCUGGUGGAGGAUAUUCAGGCCAUGGGCGGCAUUAUUACCGAAGAUGAUCUCCAGAACUUCGAAGUGCGCUGGGAACUGCCGCUCCAUUCCCGCUUCAACGGGGACUACGAACUCUACACCUCGCCCCUGCCCACCAGUGGAGCAGUGCUGACCUUCAUGCUGAACGUGAUGGAGCCUCUCUUCACCAAUAACACGGACAAGUACUGGCAGCGACUGAUCGAGACCUUCAAGCACGCCUACGGGCAUCGCACCAAUCUGGGGGACAUCCACUUCGAGCCAGAUGUCCAGGAGGCAUACGAGAAUCUACUGGAUCCCCUGUUCGCCGCCGAGGUCAGGAAACUGAUCCAGGAUGACCGCACCUUUGAGAACAUGUCGUACUACGGCGCCAACUUCCACAACGUGGAGGAUCACGGAACCGCCCACAUCUCCGUUCUGGCCCCGAAUGGUGAUGCCAUUUCGGUGACCAGCACCAUUAACAGCCAUCUGGGGGCGAAGGUUCGGUCCCGGCAAACGGGCAUCAUACUGAACGACGAGAUGGAUGACUUCAGCACGCCGGGAAAGUCGAACAUCUACGGCAUCCCUGCUAGUCCGGCGAACUUCAUUAAGCCGGGCAAGCGACCCAUGUCCUCCACUUGCCCCAGCAUCAUCCUGGACAGCCAUGGGAAUGUGAAGCUUAUUGUGGGAGCGGCAGGCGGCUCCAAGAUAACCACCUCGGUGGCCCAGACCAUUCUGCGCUACUUUGUGCUGAAGGAGCCCAUAGAGAAGGCAGUGAACACGGGACGACUCCACCACCAACUGGCUCCGAUGGUUGUGGACGUGGAGCGGGAUGUGCCAAGGCACACGAUCGCCUAUCUGCAGAGGAUCGGGCACGAGAUCCGGUAUCUGGAUAAUGACAAGGCGUACUCUGCCCAGACGGCGAUAGCCAUGCGGGGGAACGAACCGCAUCCCGUCUGCGACAGACGGAGACUGGGCAGUGCCGUGGUCGUGGAGCCGGACAAGCUCGAUUGAGAUUGACGGUUGGGACUGGACGCACUUGUCUUCCGUUCAAGAGGGAUCUCCUGCAUAAGCCAGAAAUACAAUUUUUUUGUUACUGCCUACUGUUAUUUUUAACUAUCUAUAAAAUUCUUGUUACCUUUA